AACAAAACAAUGCGCCAAAUCACCAUCACCAAUAUCCAACAUUAACGAUAAACAUGAUAGAGAUGAAAAGACAGACCUUUAUGAGUCUAACGAGAGGAUUAAAACCAAAUCACCACCAUCAACAUCCAACAUUAACG